AUGGAAACUGAAACAGAUAGUAUGUUAGGAGUACAAGUUACCAAGUUUGCUGUAUUUAAUGAAACCGAAGAGAAUUACCAUCGUUCUGUUCAUAUCUCUAUUGUGCAUUGUAUGUCUAGUCAUAUAGUUAUAUUGAUACUUUUACUAAUAAUGAUAAUUUGGUUUUGGUUCUUUGGAGACCAUGAUGAUCUAGCUCAUACCUUAGCCCAGGUGAAUAAAAAACAGUCAACAAACAAAUACGGUCAUUCAGUACAUGUCCAUGAAACCCAAAAAGAUUUUAAACAUACACAUAGCCAAACUACGUAUUAA